AUGAAAGCAGCACGUUUCUAUGCUGCGGGAGAUAUCCGUGUUGAGGAUGUGGACCCGCCGCAAGCAACUAAUGAUAAGGUUCUGGUGGAAGUAGAAUGGUGUGGAAUUUGCGGAAGCGACCUCAAUGAAUAUGUUCGAGGACCCUACGCAAUCCCUGACGAAAAGAAGGGACCUCAUCAUCUUACUGGCGAGAUGUUGCCAGUCACAUUGGGUCAUGAGUUCUCCGGACGAGUCGUUCAGGCACCACCUACAUCCUCUCUCGUCCCAGGGCAGCCAGUAGCCAUUGAUCCGCGACAUGUGGGAUCUCUUGGUCUGUCUGGGGGAGGAGGGGGGCUUUCUGAAAUGGUUUCUGUUCAUCCGGCCAUGCUUCAUCCGCUUCCGAAUGGGACUGAUCUGGCUGCAGCAGCAUUGAUCGAGCCCCUGGCGGUUGCCUGGCGUGCUGUCAAACGCAGUGGACUUAGCAAUUUAAAAAAUGCUCCCGUUUUGGUCAUUGGUGCAGGGCCUAUUGGCGUGGCCACGGUAUUUGUAUUAAAGGCAGAGGGUUGCGAUAUGAUAUUGGUGUCUGAGAAGGCUGCGCGCCGUCGGGAAUUUCUGGCUGACAUUGUUCACGCUGCUUUUGAUCCUACAGAGGUCAAUAUUGUGGAGAAAUGCAGGGAACUCACGGGCGGAGCUGGGGUGGAAAUAGUAAUCGAUUGCGCCGGGGCCCAGUCAGGAUUUGAACAUGGCUGCGAUAGCCUCAGGGUACAUGGUACUUAUGUCAAUUUGGCAAUUCCAAAAGCUCCAGCGACGCUCCCUUUUGAGCACUUCCUACUAAAGGAGCUAACAUUCAAAACCUUUUUGGCGUAUGACGAGACAGACUUCAAAGAAGUGGUAGCUGCCUUUGGCUCAGGGCGAUUUGCGGGGGUAGAAAGGAUGAUUACCCGCCGUAUCUCCUUAGAUGAGAUCGUGGAGAAGGGGUUCAAAGAGCUCACAGAGAAACCCGGGGAUCAUAUAAAGAUCAUAGCCAGCCCGAAAAUCGGGUUACUAUGA